ACGAUUUCGGAAUUUCUAGCGAAUACGUACAGGAGCUUACUGACAUUUUACUUAACGAGUGUACAUAUUUUUUUACACAUGUACCACCGUUACAUACGUUCGAUCAAAUCAUUAUAACGCGAGAAGACGUGUCUUCGAUGUCGUCCAAAAUACGAACAAAUAGAUUUGUCUACUCCAUAUAUCCUCAAUCCUCAGAUCGAUAAUAGGCAAUGGUGUCUCUGAGUGACAUACGACCCCUUUUGCAUACCGCGAGACUGUUUGGAUGUGGACUUUUCCUCGUCAAGGAGGACGAUAUCGUGAUAAUGAUGUACGGCGCUAUUUACUCGACCCUGUUUGCAUUCCUGUAUGCAAGUCUCUGCAUCGCGAAUUUUUACAUGCUCCGCUGGGACACCGUGCUCGGACCGAGGCUGCUGACGCUCACCGUGGUGAGGACAGGUCUCUCGUAUGCCUGUGUCCUAAGCGACAUUGCGAUGACAUACUGGUAUAACUGGAAGAUACGAGCUGCACUUUCGCAUUUACGUAUCUUCGACCGAGCGACGAAAUACAAGGAGCCUAAACAUCCCCACAGGAUACGUUACAUCUGUUGGUCAAUGACCUUCGCUAUUUUGUCGUUUUGGUCAAUAGUUGGAUAUAUAACGUUCCGCGUCGAGCCCAAUGAUUCCGUGUUCAACGGUGUAACUUACGCCAUUGUUAACGUGACACUGUCGAUGCAGCUGAUGACAUUCGCCAGCCUGUCAUCCCUUCUGUACAAGAGAUUCAGCCGUCUUUGUGAAUUAUUGCUGCUACCCGAAGAUGGUAAAAUCAUGGUGGUGGAUCGCUCGGGUAAGCAGUUUCGUUUGCAGGAAGUGUGGUGGUUGCACUCGUGUCUCACCAACGCGACCGAGAUGAUAAACUCCGUGUACGCGAUGCAGCUUCUGCUGUGGAUCUCCUGUAUGUCGUUCAAUACACUUACACGAAUCUACACGAUCAACAGUAACGGCGUGAAUUCACAGCCCCUGCUGAUGGUGAGAGAAAUUUUACUGGUGUCUGCUUGUGUGACAAAUCUGCUGAUCAUUACCAUCAUUUGUCACGUGACUGCGACCCAAGCUAAUCGCGUUGGCAAAAUCGCCUUUACACCGUCAUCAGCCAUUAUCGUUAAAAGAACUUUUACGCAGGAUUGCAGUGUGGAAGCUGUGACCUACUUCCAACUGCAGCAAGUACAUUUCUUUGCCUCUUACGGAAUCAUACGCAUCGAUCUUCCAUUGCUUCUUUCGAUAGCCUCUGGUAUAACUACAUAUCUAGUGAUCCUUCAUUCUGCUAACGUCUAGCAGUAA